GUACCGUGUACUCUGAAUGAUAAAGGACUACCUAGAAAGGACUGCAAAUUCUGUGUGGACGAAACAGGGAAUACACAGACGGGUCCAUAAUGGGUAAACCAGAGAUCUCAAGCGUGACAGAGUUUUACGAUGACGACAACAGUGACGUUCCACAUAACAAGGAGGCUGACACGCCCCAUAUCAGAAUCUGUAAAGGAAAGAGUGCCUGGGAGAUAAUGAGACUGCAUUCCGAUUUCAAAGACACAACCCCAGACUCGCCGCCCCUAUACACGUGCACGAUACCCACAUUCAGAGUGGUACAACAGCACACAGGUCAAACAGUUGUCAUCGUAUUAGACAAGUCCGGAAGUAUGAACAUUGAUAUAAUAAUUUAA